AUGGCUCCUGUGUCAGGUUACUCAUACCCAGCAUACGGAAACAUUCCCACCGACCAGAUGGCCCAACCGAGUGGGAUUGCUCCAGGUAGAUUUUUAUUGGAUGCGAGACCUCGACAGUUCACUUCGUCUGGUACUUUCGGAGGUAGGAUUUCUGUUGACUCAAGUAUGAGUGAUGAUGCCACGAGGGGGAUCAUACAGAGUGGAAAUUCACGCCGUGUUCCGAUGAAUCUCAUUCUAGAGAGCUACCAGCCAGUUGAUGAGGACAAUGAUGACUAUCUGGUUGACCAUCCAGAUGGGGAUGAGGAUGAGGAUACGGAUGAUGAUGAGGACGACGAUGAAGAUGAGGAGGAUGGUGAGGAUGAAGAUGAUGGGGGUGAUGGUCUGGAUGAUGGUUCAGCGCCUACUGUAGGUACACCCACUGGUGAAAAAGGAAAAGGAUACAACCUUAGAGCUGACCCCUCUCGUCGAAGCGCCAAUCGGUAUACCCCAUCCGCUUUUAAAAAGGUUGCAAAGAAAUGCAAGAAAUUAGUCAAAGAUGUAAAAUGGGCAAUGAGAAAAUGA